UGAUCAUAUAUACACAAAUACAUGAUGAAAUGAUGAAGUUGAAGUAAUUUUUUAUCACCGCCCAGCCUGCGCCAUAUUGACAAUUAUGAGUCGUUCAUCUACUCUAGUUUCGAUAAAUUUAGGCGACUGAAUUACGAAUAUUAUCGUGAACAAUUUAUAGUACGUUUUUUGGGGUACUUUCCCACAGUUGUACACAUUUUAAUCCCAAAUGCAAGAAUCAGGAGUUGAUAUGGAGUUUGAUCUCCGUUUAGACGACGACGACGACGAGACUUUUGAUUUGUUUGGGGAAGUCAAACAGAACUUGAGUUUACAAGAUCACCUUGACGUUACCACGUCCAUGUCUUCUUUAUCAACCUCUGUACCAGGAAGUGGGAUGCCAGAAGAAGAUAUAAACCCUGCCAACAUUGGCCUUACCAAUUCAAACUUUUACGAAUUACGAAGCACGCCCGUUGAAAGCUCUGUUUUACAAAAGGAAUUUUCACCAAGCGCCAUGUCGACAAGAACAAAUUUCAAACAGGAACUGAUGAGGCAGCAAAUGCAAGAAAUAGAAAAGCAUGAAAACAGACAGACUCGUACAUCACCUAUGUUAUCUUCACCUGCUAUAGACCUGCCAAAGCUGUCCACAAUUCCAGAAGUUCCAACAAAUGUUCUGAAGGUGACCACCAAGCUUGAGAACCCUACAAGAUAUUACAUCCAGCAAUCUCAAAAACGGCAAGUGGAGCAGUAUCUUUCUGCCUCUGCAUCACAAACAAGGAUGUCUCCUCACCUGCUAAACCCGAGUCCAUCAUCUAACUCACCAUCUCGUAAGCCAAGUGGCUCAAUGUCUAGUCUACCCAACAGCCCUAUGUCAACAACUCAAGAGGUGGAUGACAUUUUAGAUGAAGUGAUAAGUUUGGAAUCAAGUAUAGGGGAGGAUGCUCUGACUCAGUACUUUCAAGAGUCUGGUAUGGUGCCAGCAACGAUGCCGGUACAUACAUACCUAGACCAGUUGAGCCCUAAUGGUGGUAUGACGCCAGUGGCAGUUCCUACUCAGUCUGUCUCAUGUCCUGCUGACCUCAACAAAAUAAAACAAGAACCAAUUUCAGAAGAUCAUGUUCGGGCCUUUGCUAAAGAAAGGCAGAAGAAAGACAACCACAAUAUGAUUGAGCGGAGAAGACGUUUCAAUAUCAAUGACCGUAUUAAAGAGCUUGGAACUCUCAUUCCAAAGAACAUAGACCCUGACCAAAGGCAAAACAAAGGAACUAUUUUAAAGUGCUCUGUGGACUACAUCUUGAAACUACAGAAAGAACAAUCCAAAUUCAAGACUGCAGAGGAUCACCAGAAGAGACUCCAGACUGUAAAUCGACGGAUGAUGCUUAGGAUUCAGGAACUUGAAAUGAAAUGCAAGCAAUACAACGUACCUGCCACAGCUCUCAGUGAGGAAACUAAGACAGAAAAUAUUGCAGCAGAAUUCAUGCGGUUGCAAAGUGCGGACAUAGAGCUUAACAUGGAGGAGGGUAAGCAAGUGCAUAAAAGAGUCAGUGAACAAACCAACCUGGCAGCGUGUCAUCAAAAUCAAGGUCAAAGGACACAACUGCCUGUAUCUUCAAGUAUGUCAAGUGUAGAUGAUGUGGCUGAUGAAAGUACACUUUGUAUUGGGGUAGAUCCAUUGCUUAGUCAGUCAUCUCCAAUGGCAUCGCUUCAUAGUAGCAGACGGAGUAGUCUUACAAGCAUGGAUGACAUGCAGGAUCUUCCACCAUCAGACUUCCUUUGAGAACUGUAACAGUAUUGAAGUCUGCUGGCCAGACUGAUUUUCAAAAGAUUUUUUAAAGUUUGCAUGUGAGUUAAGAUAACCAGAUAAAGAUUUGUUGCUUAGUAUCAGUGCUUAUCAUCGUCAUCCAGCUGAUAUAACUCAACUUCAAUGUAAAUAAUUUCAUUUUAUGUUUAAUAUACAUGUGGUGUCAAUAAUGUAGCAUAAUCUAAGGGAUAUUUUUAAUUAAAAAAUAUUGAAAUGACUGCCAUGAAGUGUUACUGUUUCAUGGAUAUACAAACAUUUAUUAGUUAUAAACACAUUGUUCAGUCAACAAUGUUGAAUAAUUUGAAGAACUUGGGAUCAAGCUUUUAACUUAAAACCAAGAAGCGUUGCUUUAAAAUACAACAGUCGGGUAUCAUUAUGUGGCUCUCCUCGUGCUUACUUUUAACCCUGAAAAAAUUGAGGUAUUUGCUUUCAAGUGCUAUAUUUCUAGCAGCAAGAAAGUUAUUCACUUUUGAACAAGGUAUCAAAUAAAAAACACAUAGUUAUUACUUAAUGCAUUGACCCGACAAUAAUUCAGUUCUUGAAGCACCAUUGCAACACGAAUAGACCAAUUCUGUAAAUACCAUAGGCAGGUCAAACGGUUAUUUUUUACUGGCUAUUCUGAUAAUUAUUUUGUGAUCUUUUUUUCAAAGUGUGCACAACUUUAAAGUGAGUUUGUAAAUUUUAAAUUUUUACUUCUGUUUUCCUGAGAAAUUUGCCAUUAUCUGAAAUCAGAUAAACAGGGAACAUUGUAGAUAUAUACGAUGUAUUUGUUUUCUGUUUUAUUGUUUAGAUAUGUAUUUGUUAUCUGCAUUGAGUGGUUUACAGGUAAAUUGGUGGUUGCAUUUAACUUCAUCUUGACCAAUAAUUGCCAGAUGACAAUGCUAUAAAAAGAGGAAUGAUUUCAAUAAUACAUCUUUAAUAAAAUAUGGAAUGAUUAUUUGGCAUCAUACAUAAAUGUUCAUUAUACUGUAUGCAUUAUACUGUUUAUGUGGACGAAUUGCUUAUGCAAGUUACAUGUAUAUGCAGUUUAUCAACAUAAACAAGCAUUGUACAUGUGCAGCUAGUCCUCAUGGCCUAAAAAUCUGUUAACAGUGGUUUGUAAACUAACAACAUUUUCUACUCAUGUUUUUGGCAAUUUAACUUGUCAUAUGUUUACUUUGUUAGCUUUCUGGGCUAAUGUAUCAAUUUAAUUCUUUUAGGUACUCACUCCAAACUGAAAAUGAACUGCACCUUUGAUAUACAGAAUAGUCAGCAGAGGUGGCUCGGCAUGCAGCAUGUCUGUCAGUCACUAUGUCAGAAAUAUUUGCUCGUAAUAGGAAUUGUAUUUUUUUUUAGUUUUUUAGUUUUUAUUUUUUUCCCUCAAAAAGGUGGUUGUCUUAAGUAAUUCAUUAGGAGAAAGAAAUCCAUGACAGGCAAGCAUGGGGAGAGCAUCUUUGAGAACUUAAACCUGCUGUUGAUCACAAUUAUAAACCUCACAGGUCCCAUAUAGGUAUGUAGGGCAUGCGGUGUUCCAUAUUUUGUUCAAUUUGAUGGAUGAUUUUCCUGUACAGGACUGUUGAAGGGCCAGUGUUUGUACGCAUUACAUGAACUUUUGAAGCUCUCAUUGCGAUACAAUUAGGCAAUCAAUCUUUAAAGGCAUGGAUACGAUUUACAAACAUUUAAAAUGAAACUGUCAAAAUAUGAAAUAUUGUAAUCGACUGUAUUAAAGUAAAUACAUGUAAAAGGAUCAUGCAUGUUGUGAAAUUGCUGCCCCAAGUAUGCUGUCAUUUUCGAGGAUGGAAAAAUGACCAUCAUCUCACGAUUAAACAGAAACCUGCAGAUGGUGUAUGUGCAAAAUGAAAUACAUUUUCACAUUCUUCCAAAAAGUACAUCUACUCAGCUGGUUUUUUUUAAUAACCUGCUACAGAUUUAUUGUAUUGUUGUUCCUUGAAUCCUACAUUAUUAUUAUUUUUUUUACCCCAAAGGUAUGUCUCGUAGUUCUUAUACAUUUCAGAGGGAUGGAUAUUUGCUGGAAAUUUGCUCCAGUAUAAAAUUCAUUUCAAUACUCAUCACAAUUAUGCCCCUCAGAAAACAAGUUAUUGCAACAUUUAUAGUUCUAUUUGUAUGUCACAGUUUUAGUUUGGCAGGUUGUAGAGAUCCUCAUUAAGCCCAGUUCAUACUUUACGCAAAAGCGAAAGUGAAGCGAAAUAUUUGACGUCAACAAUACAUUCGAAGCACGUUCAUCAUUGUUGACGACACAAAUUUCACUUCGCACUUGCUUUCGCGUGCAGUAUAAACCGGGCUUUAUUUGGUUACUUUUAUGUAUAAACAAUAUGAUGUUAUUAAACAAAUUUUAAAGUUCUUUUGUAAAUUACUGAUGUGUAGGCAUAGUAGUUGGUUUGAUCAAUCUUUUUCUUAAUGCAACUUUUUGGACAGUUUGUGUUAUUACUGACUGGAAAUAAAAUUUGCCAGCUGAAUUUCAAGACAAUAAUUCAUGUAAAAUAAUUCUAACACAUGUUUGAUAAAUUAUGGGUCACUGACUAGCUCUGGACUAGCCUUUCGCCAAGGCUAUCGUGGCUUUAACCGGCAUUAGACAGAGAGGCAAAGCACCUUGAGUGGAGACCACUGCGAGUGGCAAAGCUGAAUUCGUGCAUGCUGAAUUGGUCUUUGCUCCACUUGCUUGCAGCUUUGCUGCUCUAAGCCAAUAUGGCCUUGGCGAAAGACUAGUUCUGGACCAGUCGUUGUGGUAACUCCAUCAAUUUUAUGGUUUGUAAAUUGGGAAAUGGACUCUGUGAGUUGUUCCCUGAAAGUAACUUUAGUUUUUCUAUUUUGUUCGUUUUACAGAUGUGAAUAGAAAAUUGCAUAUAUACAUGUACAUGUAUGUGAGUAUUAUUUCAAAUAUUAAAAUCAAGGAUUGUACUGACAUGAGUUAAUGACUCGAGUCCGACUGAAGUUGCAGUUUUCGAUGACUCAACUCAACUCAAAGACGCCACAAAAGCACAAGCAAAUGACUCGUCUCACGUCGGUUCACGUUCUAUUUACUGUAGCUCUCAACUGGCAUUUCAUUGUAUUUUUUUUCUCAUAAUGCGCAUUCAUAGUACGGCUUCCUGCCCCCAAAAAGGAGCUGAAUUCUCCUUUUUUUUGGUAGCAAAAAAAAAAGAUGAAAAAGGAGAAUUACCCCAGUCAUUGGUUUAUGACAUAGUUUUUAAUUUUUGUAUCAUCAUGCAAUUUUUUGGAAAGAUUUUAUUACUAUUAAUCGUUAUAAUGUGAGUUCUUAAGUUCUCUUUCUGGUUGCGAAAAAUUCAAAACUAACAUAUCACGACUUGUAUUAUGGAACCAGAUUGUACAAUGCCAGAUAUGAGGAUUGAAAAGAUAAUAAAAUUACUUUCAAUUACUGAAAGCUUA